AACGACGCUACAAAAACAUAAAAAUCGAGUGAAAUUCGUAUUAAAUAGUUGUUAAAAUAGUUAAAAAGUCGUGAAAAUGCUCGGUUUUAAUAGAAAAUAUUGCGAAGUCAUCACAGAACAGCCAGUUGUUGAGCAUUGGCGUGAAAUUGUGCUUGAUACCGGCGCGCUUCAGUCAACUUUGCAAGAUGUCAAGGUUCCUGAAAAUGCCGGCGGAUAUCUUCUCAAAAACGUCAGUUGCGACGCCGCUCGCAAUCGUUUCAUCUACUGGCGAGCAAAUCACGACACUUUGGAGCUCUCCGAACAAUCCUUGGACAUAAACUUGCGCCAAAAUCAUCUCCGUUUCAAAUUUACUGCCACAGCGAUCCUGUCUGUGUCGAUUUUUGAGACUUUUGAUUCGGUUACGGUGCUUGCAGCGACAAUUACUUCCGUUCAUCGUUUCGAUUUUCCGCAUCCGAAUAAUCUUGUGGGCAAAGGACGCACGAGUCAAGUGUCGAUUUUUAGCCCGGCGGAUAAUAAUAGCGGAGAUUCGAGUCCCGGAGGCGCUUUUAAGUAUCACAUUGUUCACAGUGCGAGUAGCGGGCAAAUUCCGCAUGCAGCUGCUGUUUAUUUGUCGGCAGCGGAUCAUUUGGCGUAUUUUGCGUUGGCAUUUGCGAAUAUGACAGUGCUGUAUUUGAUGCAACCGAAUGGCAUAACGACAAAUAUGGAGUUGAAGGGAUCGCCGAUGAUUCCGAGAAUUUUUUCAAAUUUGCCGCUUUUUAGGGGCAAGGGGAACGGGGAUGAUGUCAAUUCGGGCACUUCGUUGGUUUUUGAUACGUUCGAUGAUCAAGUUGUGGUUUAUAUUUUGCAUCGAGAUAGUAAUAUUCGGAUGUGGUCGACGAAAACGGGGCAUUGUCUCACGCAAUUGAGCAUUUUGAGCGAGAAUGAGGAGAAAUUAAUUGUUCAGAAAAACAUGCUCCGUAAAUCAACAAACGGUUUGUGUGUCUUUUUAUGUUACGCAAACUUCUCCGAAUUUCGUCUCAUCAAGCCCGUCAAAGAAGGAUCCGCAUACAGCAUUUCCAUUUCCAACGUCAUUCCAACCCCUCAAUACGACAUCAUCGACUUUCAACUCACGGAAAAUCGCAUUUGGACCUUAUGGUGCAACAGCGAAGGCGAUUCCAACAUUUCAACGUUCCCCUUGGAGCUCAACGCGAUGACAAAUUGGGUUAGCACUGCUCUUGAACCGCACGGCAGUCAAUUAAGCCUCGAAAUGGAGCCCGGCAUGGAUCCCAAACAAAUUUACUCGAAUUACAUUUUCCAUUCGGGUCGUUUCCAAACUCACACAAUCCUGAAGGCGCUCAUGAUGUAUUGCCGCUCCCAUAAUUACAUGGAUCCCUACAUCCCGAUGAAUAUUUUAAAGGAACGCGUUUGCUUCUCCAUCGAUCAAGACGUGCAAAACGAAAUUGCGACAUGCAACCUGUCAAGUCGCGAAUAUUUGGAAAUUUCGUCGCGUUUAUGGGAGAAAUUCUACUUUUGCUGCGAACAAUAUCACAUGGAAGCGAAUCAGCCAAUCGGGAUUUUCAACAUGGAAUCGUUGGAUAUUUUAGGAGUCAUCAAGAAAAAUGUCUUGUCGUUCCUGCGCCCUUGCGAAAACCUGGAAAAUGGACUUUUAACGGGAACUUUACCGCUGGAGCCUUCAAAACACAACAGAAAAGAGCUCGAUAUCGAACGGCUAUUGGAUGUUUUGUCGUAUAUCGAAAAAGUUUUGCCCGAAGCAUUCAAAUCCGAGUACAGCAAACAACUCUACCGAGGCGAACAACCACUUUUAGCUGUUCAACAGAUGCUCGUUGAGUUACAAGACGGCGAUUGGGCCAUCAACGAUAGCGUUUCUGAGAUUUUGCGACGUGUUCAAGUCAUCAACGACAUCCCAACAGCCAUUAUUAAUCUUUUGGAAGUCCUUCGUUACAACCCAACGAACGAAUCUGUCUCGGAUUCGGCCCAAUUAAACGUCAGAAAUGCCAUUUACAAGUUUGGAAGUGCUAUUGGGACAUCUUUACUUACCGAAACUGUGCGUCAAGUAGCUCUUGUUCGUUACACGUUAUGCCGAAACUUGUUACUGCUCGAACAGGUAUUAGCGGAAAACUCCCCAUUGAACGUUUCUUCAACAGAAAUCAUCAGAUCUCGAUGUGUUCCUGACACAAUAGUAUUUUUGCAAGGAUAUUACGUGAUGGUUUGGAUAAGCGAACCGAAUACCAUCACGACACCUCGUCGUAAAUUCACUAAAAACACAAUUUCGAUAGUUGGAUUGCCGUUUCAGCAUCCCUCGCCGCUGUUGUUGUACUUAAUUCGUGAAAAGGGACUCCAAAUGGCGCUCGAAAUGGAUUCUGUGAUGAAAGAGGAACGCGAUUUCGACAAUGAAUUGUUAAAUAUUUCACAUAAUAUGCUUCUUCUCCUAUGGCCGGUGUCAGGAAGCUUCGAUUUUGGCGAAUGGUUGAGCGAAACAUGCCAACAUACGUUAAUUGAAGAGUACGUGAGACUUUUGAAGACUUGGUGCGAAUGGAAUAACUGCUCAAGGAACUUUAUUUUGGCUCUUUCGUUCCUUCAUAACGGAUUAUCAGACAGGGCGCGAGAUUUAUUCCUUCAAUCUGCCAAAGGAGUGCUCGUUGAACCGUUUUUGACGAAAUACAUCCUUCAAGCAAGCAGUUCAAGUCUGUCGUCAUCCGAUGCGCUCGCCCAAUAUUACCUCAAAGUCAUCAAAUUAUUCGAGCGACACGCGUUGUACGAUAAUAUCAUCUCAAUUGCGCAAGUUGCGAUCGGGGCAAGUCACAAACCGUCACAUCAUGCGAUGUUUCAGAGUAUUUUGUUCAACAAUCACAUGCAACUGAACCAUUAUGAGGAGUCGUAUCACACACUGAUCAACAAUUGUGAAGCAAAUCGUCGGAAAGACUGCUUGCGACAACUUAUUUGUGCUCUAAUUUCACAAAAACGCUUCGAUAUUUUGCUCUCGUUGCCAUUAAUUGACUUGGAAGACGAAGUUCAAAACAUAAUCGAGACCCGGGCACGUUCCAUGCAAGUUGAUAAUCCCCUGACUUUGUGUCAUUACGACUUUUUGUACUCCUUCCAUAUCCACAAAGAUAAAAUGCGAAGUGCGGCAGUCACGAUGUACGAAAAAGCGAUGCGUUGUACGCAGCUUCCUGUACUUCAGGAGUCCCUUGAAUUGCGUUACGAUAGUUUAUUGGCUUGUAUUAACGCUCUUCACUUAAUUAACAAAGAUUAUGCCUUCAUUGCCAAACCCGUACUGGAUGAUUAUUUCGAUUCGAACAACGAAAAGGACAUCAAGGAAGUGGUUGUUGUCGAUUUGAAGGAUUUGGAAAAGGAACUUUUGGUCACGGAAGCGAUGAUAACUGUCGAAAAAUACAAGAAAAAUGUCAAGUCGUUGAUUUCGACGGGACCUGCGGAGUUGGUUGAGUUGUUAAUUAGUGAAAAAUGUUACACGAGCGCUUUUAAACUGGCGAAAGGGAUGAAUUUGGAUCUCACACCGAUUUUUGACUCGUUGACGUUGGCUUGUAUUCAGAUGGAUGAGGAACAAAGAGCAAGUGAAUGGUUGAGUAAGAAUGUGUUGACUCAUAUAAUUGUUGGAAGAGAUGAUGCAACGACAGCAUGGAACUUUUUGGAGCAUACCCUGAUGAAAGAAACGGAAAAAGAACCAAAAUAUUUUAAAACUGUGACGAGGCAGAUACUUGUCAAUCAUGCACAUCUUCCAUUGUGGCUCUAUAAGGCUUAUAAGCAAACAAACAUCUCGGAAUUACUGCAUCUCUUCAUACAGUACGGAAGAUUGGAUGAAGCCUUUGACUUGGCGAUCGAUUGUAUGCAUCUUCUCAUCUCCAAAAACACAAUGAAUCGCCCGGAAAGUAAAAACGCGUAUUUCCCCUUGAACAACAUCGAUCUCCUGUUGCACGUUUCCUCAAAAUAUUCAUCAAAAGAACCCUUAAAGGAAAAAUCCAUCAAAUUAAAUGAACUUUUGGGCAAAUACGUGAACAGUUGUUUGCUUGAAUCAAAGUAAUUUUUGUUUAAAUAAAAUAUAUUCAUUAAUUUUUUUUUCUAAAAAUGUUAA